ACCACUCACCGCCUCAAUAUUCUUCCAAGCUUUGCCAUCCUGGAGGAUCCAUACCAGUGCCGGAGGACAUUUGAACCCAAAUUUGACCACUAGGACCCAAUCGGCCAGAGGAUAUUUGCGUGCUUGAUUUCCUUUGUACUCUUGUACACUUUGUCUCUCAAUUUUCAUUUCGCGGAUUUUCUAAUUACGAUAUGAUGGCCUCAAGAAGAAGUCUCCAAGUGCAGCCAGACUAUGGAUAUGGCCGACCGGUCCCCAUUGGAACGAUGAGCGCUUCGAGAAGUACUGUCUAUCCGGAGAGCACUCAGGCCAGUUAUGAUAAUUCUUACUAUGCAGCAUCUAGCGCCACGUAUACGCCCGCGGUAGCUGCAACCUACAGUCCAAUCGCGACGACAUCCUCGUCAGGAAUCACUCCCAUUCGUUCAAAUUCGAUAUACUCUUCCAGUGGAUAUAAUGUGGGAUCAUCUUCCGCCCUUUACGGAGCUGCUGGGCCUGGCUACAACUCCUACUCCAGUCCGGCCUCAAGUUGGGAACCUCAAGGCAGGGUCUCACCGGAAACAUACCCGGAUGAAUACAUGGCUUCACCCAGCCCUACGGACUAUGUCCUUGAAUCCUCAAGCAAGACAGUGAGCAAGAUCAAGGGCGAAGGGAAACAUUCGCAAAGACGUCCGUCCAACAGAGAUGAGUUCGAUGGUCCACACCAGUUUCUCCAACGUCCACCGCCGGAAUAUAUUGCCCAACAGGAAAGAGAUCUUCCACAUCUCCCAACCAACCUGGUUGUUCACGAGCAGGAUAGUAUCCUCACACAGGUCAACGACCGUUUGUCACAGUGUGCCUUUGACUUCGUGGCGAAGUAUCAAUUCCCAAUUCCACUCGCAAAUGGCGAGCUGAGACCGGUGGAGCGACCCGAUGACCGGGAAUGGACUGAGUGGGUAUAUCUCUUGAAACGUCUGGCCACAAAACGACGGAUACCUGCCCGUGUGUUGUACAAUGGCCAGAUAAAGUCCUUCAUUACGAUUCUUGAGAAUAGUCUAGAGUUGAGGCACGCGGCUAAGCACCAAUCUCGACCUCUCAAGGACGACAGGAACAUUUUACAGCUCAUAUCCGCAGGAAUUCAAGUCUGCAAAUUACUUAAGGAUUCGCCUGCCAUGGAGAGUUUGGACAGAUUAUACGUUGCAACAGAGAAAAAGAUCCAGGAGCGGAGUCAAGUCAGUCGCUUUAGAGUGGCCUAAUGGCUUCCGCUAUGAAUUUACGACUUACGUUUGCUGCAUGAGCCCCGGCGUUGGGUAACCAUUCCAACAUCCCUGUUGGACCAUGCACAGUCUCAUGUUUGUAUUUUGCUCUUUC